UGCUCUUGGUGGAUCUUCUGCUCUUCACAUUCCUGCUUUUCCAGGUGGAGGCUGCCUCAUUGAUUAUGUUCCCCAAGUAUGCCAACUGUUAACCAACAAGGUUCAAUAUGUUAUCCAGGGUUACCAUAAGAGAAGGGAAUAUAUUGCAGCAUUUCUUAGUCAUUUUGGAACUGGAGUGGUAGAAUAUGAUGCUGAGGGUUUCACAAAACUCACUUUGUUGCUGAUGUGGAAGGAUUUUUGCUUUCUUGUUCACAUUGACUUGCCACUGUACUUUCCUCGGGAUCAGCCAACUUUGACAUUUCAGUCUGUCUAUCAUUUUACAAAUAGUGGAGAACUAUAUUCUCAAGCCCAGAAAAACUAUCCCUAUAGUCCACGAUGGGAUGGCAAUGAAAUGGCCAAAAGAGCAAAGUAAGUUAUAUUUGGGUGAAAUAGUUAUGAUAUAUGCAUUUUUGAACAAGCUUAGUGAUUGUCAGAUUUGUUUACUU